AUGUUUGAUUAUGUUCCAAAGGCUGAUGCUGUAAUUAUUAAGUGGGUUCUUCAUGGCUGGGGAGAUGAUGAGUGCAUCCAUAUCCUUAAGAAGUGCAGGGAAGCUAUUCCUGAGGACAAAGGGAAGGUGGUAAUCAUAGAAGCGGUUAUCGAUGAAAAAGAUGAGAAAGAGGACAGCAAGCUAACAAAUGCGAUAUUGAUGCUAGACAUGGUGAUGAUGGCCCAUACUAAAACAGGAAAAGAAAGGACCUUGAAGGAAUGGGGAUAUGUUCUUGGUGAGGCUGGCUUUAGCCGACACACUAUUACACCGAUUCAUGCUGUCCAAUCUGUUAUUCAGGCUUUUCCUUAA